UGCCUUCGAUUCUGAUGACGACGAGGACCUGCAGGCUCGAUGCCAUGGCCAGCCUAACUCUUGUCAGGAUCUUAGUGACAUGGACGUCAGUCACACAGGACUGAGUCCGGUAACCAGACAGAACCACAGCGAGAUCGAGAAACGUCGUCGAGACAAGAUGAACACGUAUAUCGUGGAACUGUCCUCGCUCAUCCCUAUGUGUAGCGCCAUGAACCGAAAGCUGGACAAGUUGACGGUGUUACGUAUGGCUGUCCAGCAUAUUAACUCUCUCAAAGGCAAGUACGUUUGUGGUGGUGCAGUUUAUACGUCUGCUGUCUCUCUUGUCAUUAUUUAA